GGGUGGUGUGGGGUGGUCAAGCAGCGAGUGGCGGAGGGAGACGUGGCUUCAGCGCUCCAGGCCUUCUCUGAAUCUCCCGGAGCGAAGACCUGUUUUAUUAUUAUUAUUGUUAUUAUUAUUAUUAUUCUUUUCCUUGUUCUCCGCGAGACGCGCGCCGUGCAGUUUAGGGAGUUGCAAACUCUUGAUAUAAAUCAGUGCGGUUGACGGGCGGAAAUAAUAGGAUUUUCUGGAAGUGUUUAGGCCCAAGAGAUUAAGCGAGCGCCCUACGAAGGAAGCGGCUACUGGACUGUAGGUAAAAGGUAACAUUAAGACUUUUAAAGGACGCGACUGAAGAGAGGCGGAUCCAGGGCGAAAACCAGAACAAGAUGGCGGAAGGAGGACGGCCACAGAGGAAGAUGUCACGGGCUGGAGAGAGCUUAUAUCACAUCCUGGGCUUGGAAAAGGGUGCUUCCCCAGAAGACAUCAAGAAAGCAUACAGGAAACUGGCUUUGAAAUAUCACCCAGAUAAGAAUCCUGAUAAUCCAGAAGCAGCAGAGAAGUUCAAGGAGAUCAAUAAUGCCAAUGCAAUUCUCAGCGAUGAGAACAAACGGCCUCUCUAUGAUGAAUAUGGCUCCAUGGGACUCUACGUGUCUGAGCAGUUUGGGGAAGAAAGUGUAAAGUAUUACUUCCUCAUGUCCAAGUGUUGGUUCAAGACAUUGGUAGGGUGCUGUGGCCUCUUAACAUGCUGUUGCUGCUGCUGCUGCUGCUGUUUCUGUUGUGGGAAAUGCCGCCCACCUGAAGAUGAUGAGUCCUACAAGUAUGUCAAUCCUGAAGACCUGGAGGCCCAGAUCCGUGCAGAAGACAAUGGUGGCGAUGCUAUCCGAAUGCAGCCAACAGCAAAUGCAACAUUGCACACUACAGAUGAGAAUCAGCCCCGCAAACCAUGACCUUAGCUCGGUUUCCAGUCACAGCACAGUUCCUAUUCCAGCAACCAUUCCAGAGACAUUCUGCCCAGUCCUGAAUUACCAAUCAUUUGGACUCUGGACAAAGAGCUCCCUCUCCAGUUGUGAUGCUGUGCAGUGAUUUUGGUGAGGGUGCCUGAAUGCCUGCUUCAGAGUCAUAAAUCUUCUCAGGGAACAUGGCCACAGGCAUACUCAGACCUUGCAAAGGGGCUGGCUUGAAAGAAAGAGAGACACUUUAGCUCCGCCUCUUUGGGCCCAAGGAACAGCUUCCCCUUCUCCAGCAGCAGAACGGUUCUUUGUUUAGCCUGUAUUAUUCCCCCAGCACUGAAGGAAAAGAAAAAUGGAUGAAUGUUGCCAGCCCAGCAGUCUUUAUUCCCAGUCAUUCUUUCUCCUUCCAAUCUUGGUAUUUUAUGUUUUUUAAGCCAGCCAUAUUGUGCCCUUGUCAAAGCCUAACUCAUGAUGGAGGAGGGGAUAUUGGGCUCCCUGCCUCCCAGUGCCAGGGAGGCAAACUGCCCUGCCAGGGCUGUCCCCUGGCAACUGGGACUGCCCUUUCUGACCUAUGCUUUGGUGCCAAGCUGCAUUUCAGGGUGUAGUGUGAAGUAUGGUGGGAUUUGGAGUGCCUGCCUGGUAAGUUGGUGUUGCCCAUCAUCUCCCACGAUGAACUGCUGCUCCAGGGAGCUUUAGUUGCUGUGUAGCAUCCUGCCUCUUAAGCUGCCCCGAAUCCUUUUCUGUGGGGCAGUACUGGGCAAGGGCAUUUUUCACACUGUGAUUAAAAAAGAAAUUGUUAGGAUUUUAUCAGCACAAUUAAAUAUUUCUGAAGGAAAGAGCUGGUUUUUUUGUUCAUGUUUCCUUAGGAUGUAUUCAUUCAUACAUUCCUGGGAAUAUUGGGGUAGGUCUUACAUAUUUUGCAUUCAAUCUCUGCUUGGUCUUUCAAGGAUAUCCUAGUUUUCCCCAUAUGCUGAAAUUUUUAGUAGAACAAGGCAAGUAACAAAUUACUACUUUUAAUACUACUUUUAAUUUGUGGGCUGGAUUAUGCUAUUUAAGGAUCAAUAGCUGGCCUUGCAACCGUACCAACAAUGAGUAUUUAAUUUGCACAUUAACCUAGAUGGGAAUGUGUGAAGUACAUUAAGUUCUGUGUUAGAUCUAUCCUAUUCAACGUUUUUAUAAAUAAAUAGGCCCUAGAGAGGAAUAAACAUUGUGGGCUACCUUGGAAAUCAGAAUCAAUAUUUAAACCCCAUUUAAAUAUUGAUAUUUAAAUGAUCAAGAGCGCUAAAUCAAAUUUACAAGAUAUACAUAGAUAUUGAUCAAAACAUAUAUAACUGAUGGAAAUGAUCUUAAGUUAUAAGAUAAGCAAGUGAUACUAUAGAAAUUUACUUUUUUAAAUAUUUUGUCAUUAGACAGCACAGGUUGUGAGAGCCCUUUCUCUCUCGCACACAUUGGGGUGGAAUAAGGUGCCAGCAACAUAUAAAUAAUGUCAGCGGCAACCGCCGCAUGUAAAGAUCCAGGCUUCUGAGGAGAGGUUUGAUUUCUACUCUUCCAUGUCUGACUGUUUUGCUGCAGUCAUAUUUUAUUCUUAAAUGCUUCAAGAUCUUUUAAAAAGACUGUUACAUAGGAAAUAAAGCUAAUUUGUUCCUUUGCCUCAGAGCAGUGUUUCUCAACUUUGGCAACUUUUAAGAUGUGUGAACUUCAGCUCCCAGAAUUCCACACUUUAAAAAAUAGCCAAGUUGAGAAAUCCUGCUCCAAAGAAUGUAUCUUAAUCAUAUGAACUUUUUGACAAUAGAAUAGAAGCAGGAGCUGAAUAAUUGUCAAGAGGAGUAUAACAAAUGGGUAUCUGUAUAUCAACAGGAACUUGAAUUUUUGAAAUUGUGUUUUUAUAAUUUAAUUACAAAUGUGCCCUAUUCUAGAACUUAACAUACUUGACCCAAUCUUGCCUAAAAACUGCAUAGUCUCUUCAGUCUAAAUGGUAUUAUAUGGCUUACGAAUGGUGACUUUGGUACCAGUUUGACUACAUCUCCUUCCGUCUU